CCUGCGCGCCGCCCAACCUCCGGCCCGCCCGGUCCUCGGCGGCGAGCGCGGCCGUGCCAGAGCGCGGCGAGGCUGGGCCGAGCUGGGAAGGAGCCGGAGCUUCCCCGGCGCUCCUCCCCGCCUGCGGCUGCGCCCAGCCCGGCUGCUGCCACCGCCGCCGCCACCAUGAGCGACAACAUCCCCUUGCAGCCGGUCAGGCAGAAAAAGCGCAUGGACAGCAAGCACCGCGGCGGGUGUUGCAACUGCUUAAGAUGUUGCGGAAGAGGAGACCCGAGGCCUCGAACGGUUUGGCUUGGCCACCCAGAGAAGAGAGAGCAGCGAUACCCACGCAAUGUGAUCAACAACCAAAAAUACAACUUCUUUACUUUUUUACCAGGGGUGCUGUUCAACCAGUUUAAAUACUUCUUCAACCUCUACUUUUUGUUUCUGGCCUGUUCUCAAUUUGUUCCCGAAAUGAGGCUUGGUGCCCUGUACACGUAUUGGGUUCCACUGGGUUUUGUGCUUGCCGUGACCAUCAUCCGUGAAGCAGUAGAGGAGAUCCGAUGCUACAUGCGCGAUAAGGAAGUAAACUCCCAGAUCUACAGCAAACUCACAGCGAGAGGAACAGUCAAGGUGAAGAGUUCAAAUAUUCAAGUGGGAGACCUUAUCAUUGUAGAAAAGAACCAACGGGUCCCCGCAGACAUGAUCUUCCUGAGGACGUCGGAAAAGAAUGGGUCCUGCUUUCUGCGUACGGAUCAGCUGGAUGGUGAAACAGACUGGAAGCUGCGUCUGCCUGUCAGCUGCACUCAGAGAUUACCCACGGCUUCCGAUCUUCUUCAGACCCGAUCCAAUGUGUAUGCUGAGGAGCCCAACAUUGACAUCCACAACUUUGCUGGGACUUUUACUAGAGAGGACAGCGACCCUCCGGUGAAUGAGAGCUUAAGCAUUGAAAAUACACUGUGGGCCAGCACAGUGAUUGCUUCAGGAACUAUUGUGGGAGUUGUUCUCUAUACAGGCCGGGAGCAGCGCAGUGUCAUGAACACAUCAAAUCCACGGAGUAAAAUUGGCCUUUUUGACCUGGAAGUGAACUGCCUCACCAAGAUUCUCUUUGGUGCUUUAGUGGUGGUUUCUCUUGUCAUGGUGGCUCUUCAACACUUUGCUGGCCGUUGGUAUCUUCAGAUCCUCAGAUUUCUUCUUCUUUUCUCAAACAUCAUUCCAAUCAGUUUACGUGUGAAUCUCGACAUGGGGAAAAUAGUUUACAGCUGGAUGAUCCGGAGGGAUCCCAAAAUUCCCGGCACUGUGGUUCGGUCCAGCACAAUCCCAGAACAAUUGGGAAGAAUAUCCUAUUUGCUGACAGAUAAAACAGGGACCCUAACGCAAAAUGAGAUGGUUUUCAAACGCCUACACCUUGGAACAGUGGCUUAUGGACUAGACUCCAUGGAUGAAGUUCAGAGCCAUAUAUUCAGCAUAUACACUCAGCAGUCCCAGGAGCCCCCUGCUUCAAAAGGUCCUGCCUUGGCUACAAAAGUCCGGAAAACCCUGAGCAGUCGGGUCCACGAGGCAGUGAAAGCAAUAGCCCUCUGCCACAAUGUGACUCCUGUCUACGAAUCAAAUGGUGUGACGGAUCAAGCUGAAGCAGAGAGGCAUUAUGAAGAUUCGUGCCGGGUGUACCAAGCUUCUAGUCCUGAUGAGGUGGCCCUGGUACAGUGGACAGAGAGUGUUGGCUUGACCCUGGUUGGGAGAGAUCAGUCUUCUGUGCAGCUGAGGACGCCUGGUGGCCACAUCUUGAAUUAUACUAUUCUGCAGAUCUUUCCAUUCACUUACGAAAGUAAACGGAUGGGUGUCAUCGUUCGGGAUGAGUCUACAGGAGAAAUAACUUUCUACAUGAAAGGUGCUGAUGUGGUGAUGGCUGGCAUUGUUCAGUAUAAUGACUGGCUGGAAGAAGAGUGUGGCAAUAUGGCAAGAGAAGGGCUCAGGGUCCUGGUAGUAGCCAAGAAAUCCCUGACGGAGGAGCAGUAUCAAGACUUUGAGGCACGUUACAUCCAGGCCAAGCUCAGUGUCCAUGACCGGUCCCUGAAGGUAGCAACUGUGAUAGAGAGCUUGGAAAUGGAGAUGGAACUGCUGUGUCUGACCGGAGUGGAGGAUCAGCUUCAGGCAGAUGUCAGGCCUACCCUGGAGACUCUGAGAAAUGCUGGCAUUAAGGUAUGGAUGCUCACAGGGGAUAAAUUGGAAACAGCCACAUGUACAGCUAAGAAUGCACAUCUGGUCACCAGAACUCAGGACAUACAUAUAUUUAGACUGGUGACCAAUCGUGGAGAAGCUCACUUGGAACUGAAUGCCUUCCGCCGUAAGCAUGAUUGUGCCCUUGUCAUCUCUGGUGACUCGUUGGAGGUCUGCUUGAAAUACUACGAGUAUGAGUUUAUGGAACUGGCGUGCCAGUGCCCAGCGGUGGUCUGCUGCAGAUGUGCCCCGACACAGAAGGCUCAGAUUGUGCGCUUACUCCAAGAGAGAACUGGGAAGCUGACCUGUGCAGUGGGUGAUGGUGGAAAUGAUGUCAGCAUGAUUCAGGAAGCUGAUUGUGGUGUUGGAGUGGAAGGAAAGGAAGGUAAGCAAGCUUCUCUUGCUGCAGACUUCUCCGUCACUCAGUUUAAACAUCUGGGCCGGUUACUGAUGGUGCACGGACGGAACAGCUACAAAAGAUCGGCAGCUCUCAGCCAGUUCGUGAUCCACAGGAGCCUGUGCAUCAGUACCAUGCAGGCUGUUUUCUCUUCGGUGUUCUACUUUGCCUCUGUUUCCCUCUACCAGGGCUUCCUCAUUAUUGGGUAUUCUACAAUCUACACGAUGUUUCCGGUGUUCUCUCUGGUCCUGGACAAAGAUGUCAAAUCGGAAGUUGCCAUGCUGUAUCCAGAGCUCUACAAAGAUCUUCUGAAGGGAAGGCCGUUAUCCUACAAAACGUUUUUGAUAUGGGUUUUGAUAAGUAUUUAUCAAGGUAGCAUCAUAAUGUACGGAGCACUGCUGCUAUUUGAAUCGGAGUUUGUCCACAUUGUGGCCAUUUCCUUCACAUCCUUGAUCCUCACGGAGUUGUUGAUGGUGGCACUGACAAUUCAGACAUGGCAUUGGUUCAUGAUAGUGGCAGAAUUACUCAGUCUUUCCUGCUACAUUGCUUCGCUGGUCUUCUUACAUGAAUUUAUUGAUGUUUAUUUCAUCACAACCUUAUCAUUCUUGUGGAAGGUGACAGUCAUCACGCUGGUCAGCUGUCUCCCUCUCUACGUCCUGAAGUACCUGAGGCGAAGGUUCUCUCCUCCAAGCUAUUCGAAGCUGACGUCAUAGGUGCUUCUACCAAUGAGGCAAAGACUCAUUUUUAUUGCACAGUGCUCACAGACGAAAUCAAUGUGUGUUCAUCAUAGUAACAGCUGCAUCUGACAGUUGUGUAAGGAUUGUGCUUUGACUGGUGACCUUUGUGGGGAAGACUGGAUAAUUGGCAGUCAAGCCGGUUGGCUAGGAGUCAGCCAAGCAAGCAGGAAGAACUGCCUGGUUGGUCAAGUUCUGUCCAUUUCUAUUUAUUUUAAAUGAAGUCAGAGGCAGAUAACUGCAACGCGUGUUGCUUCCAUUGUGCAGUCAGCUUACUUGGAAACUGUGAAGUAGGCUGUUUGUUUGAAAACAAUGUCAUUUUUUGUUUUCCUUUUUUGUUUCCUCGUGAUGUUUUAUAUUACUACUUUUUUGGGCAGGUAGAUAUAAGUGUUCGAGCAUCUUGGACAAUUCUUUCAAAUGGGUGACUUAUUUUACCAUUGAGUAGGCAACACUUACAGUGCCAUACUGUGAACAUCUCACUAUAACAUGGUUUCUUUAAUCCACUUGAAGAAAGAAGGCCCAUCUGGAUUCUUUCUAGCUAAGCUAUUGCUGCUUUAUUUUUAAAGGGACACCAUGACUUGGGUAAAGGGAAAUCUCUGCUUUAUUCAAUGGCAGUGUUUGGGAGAAGAUAAGUUUCCUGACAUCCUAAGUAUCCGUGCAGUAAGGUACAGAGCAAGCAUAGUAUGCCACAUAGGACUAAACCACACAUCUGCAAGGAGAAUGGAUGAGCAGCCUUUAUCAUUUCCAUAUAAUCCCCCUGCUACUUUUCUUCUAGUUUUCCUCUUGCCAACUCUGAGUCUUGGGUGGGGGUGGGAUGUGAUAUUUGACAAGGUAAUGCAUGCUUCUGCUCAUACAGUCAAAUUGCAUCAGUGUCAGCCAGGACGUCUCUCUCCUUCAAUCUUACUGCCUCUAUAGACAGUUGGCCAACAGCCAUGCAUAUGCACUAUCAUAAAGAAACCUGAGAGCUAAGCCCAGGGAGACACCAGAUGUCGGGGAGUACUUGGGCUGGUGUCAUCCCUGAAUGGUAGGUUAGAGGAAUGGCUCCGGGCUAGCUGGUAGUAUCAAGAGCACUGCUGUCUAAUGGAACCAAACUUCUUCCUAGACCUUUUGGAAGGAAACCGGCUGCUAACUGUCCUUUUGUAAAAAGUAUCAGAAAUGUUGUUCUGCAGAAAAGUAAACGGAUGCAUUGUGAAUCAUUAAAGACUUGAAAGGGAAAGGUCAUGGGAUUCUUGCUAUUUACUAUUGGGUUGGAUUUUUUUUUUGGAAAAUCUGUUUCCUGUUAGAGCUGAACUGCAUGUUCAUAAAUAUCACUGGGCUGUACUAUUUCAGAGGGCAGGUGGGGAAUUGGAUUUUUUUCCCCAUGUUUCCCCAUUCAAAGCAUGUUUCUGCACAUAAACAGCACCAUGUUCGGAAUGUGCUAAGUUGACAAUCUGUUUCUGCAAUAAUUUGGCCUUCCAGGAGCAAAGUUAAGGCGGAUCCGCUUUCCAGGGUAGAACUUUGUGCCUGCAGAUAUCCCAUUUGUCAUGGCCUGGACCAUGCAGUAAUUCCAACUGUGCAAUCCAGCAGUUGGUCUGAAUGUAUGGAGUGGAGUUGAAAAUUAAUUCAAACACUUGAAUUUCUCUAUCAAACCAAGAUCUGUAAAACUGGACUAUUUUUGGUUUAAUGCUGGAUUUGUGUUGCUUCAAGUCAAAAUCAUAGGAGACUGGAAUGCAAAAGUAGGAAACAAGGCAGAAUCAAAUACUGUUGGAAGGUUUGGACUAGGAAGCACAAAAUGAAGCAGGACAGGAGCUCAUAGAAUUCUGUGAAGGCCACGAUUUGUUCAUCGUGAACACUGGUUUCAGGCAACCAGACAGACAACUGUAUACAUGACCAUUACCCGAUGACCAGUAUAGAAAUGAAAUAGAUUACAUAAUUGGAAACAGAAGUUGGAGAAGCUCUCUGCUAAAACAAGACCAGGAACUGAUUGUUGUACAGACUAUGAAUUGUUAAUAUUGAAAAUUAGAAUGAAGCUGAAGAACACCAAACAUUCAUUCUGCCGAAAUACAAUUACAGUUAUCCCUUCCACAUCACAACUUUCCCCAUAGAGGUUUUGCUGCAUUGUGGGUCAGCAUAAGAAAAUAAAUGGGAAUGUGUUGAGAGUUUUGCGGAAGCCCCAGAUGAAGGCCAGCAGGCAACGCAGAAAAAGUUUAGAAACUCAGAAAUGCUUAAAAUAUAUGUAUACUGUUGUAUAAUAUCAACAUGUUUUAUCUUUUAAUAACAUAAAUAUACGCAAUUUCUUUUUUUAAGUUAAAAUAAAAAGAAAAAACUCAGACUUAUUCUCUGGUAUGAAGGGAGGACCAAAAAAUUUCAUGUGGAUUUCCAGAUUGCAGGGAGUGCCACACACCUAUUUUCAGCUAUGUGAAAAGGAUAACUGUAAACAACAUUCCCGAAGAGUUUAAGGACCAUGAAAAGAAAUUAUAAGUUCAAGUAAACUAGAAUCAGAAGAACUAUGGGUUGAAAUCAGAGAUAUUAUCAAGGAAGAAUAAAGAGAGACUAUUCCGGUAUCCAAAAAUAUGAAAAGCCUUGAUAAAUGGCUGAUAAAACUCUUAAAAUUGCUAAAUAAGAAAUAAGAAGCACAGGUAGAAGGUGACAGAGAUAGAAUUAGAAGUCUAAAUGCAGUGUUCCAUUAACUCACACAAAGAGAACUAUUAUAAUGACCAGUGUAAAGAAAUAGCGAACAACAAAAAAAGAAAAAACGGAAGCUAUACCACAAGAUCCAAGAAUUCAAAAGGAAAUUUAAACCACAGUUAGGAAUGCUGUAAGAUUGACACAAAAAUGUUAACAGCACAACAUAAAGAAAAGAAGGUAACAAUGCACUAAAGAACUGUACAGAAGUGAUUAAAGGAUGACAGAUUUCUUUGAAAAACCUUCAGUUUCAGAAAGUGAAAGCUGUACUGAGAGCAACUGGGGAAACAAAUCACAAGUAGUAGACGGGAUAUCCAUGGAACUAUUCCAAGCCACAGAAAUGGUGUCCAUCAAAAUCUUAACAAGAAUAUGGCAACAAAUAUGGGAAACAAAACAAUGGCCUACAGACUGGAAACCUUCCAUUUACAUUCCAAUUCCAAAAAAGGAGAUGUCAAAGAUUACAGUAACUACUGGACAAUUGCACUAAUUUCUAACACAAGCAAACUGAUGUUCAAAAUCUUACAACAAAGACUGUUACCAUAUCUGGAAGGAGAAAUAUCAGUUGCUCUAGCUGGAUUCAGCAAAGGAAGAGGCACUAGAGAUCAUGUUGCAAAUUUAUAAUAGUUAUAGGAGCACACAAGAUAAUUUCAGAAGAAAAUCAGUGUGUUUCAUGUUACAGCAAAGCUUUUGACUGUUGAUCAUGAUGAGCUAUGAUUGGUUUUACAAGAAAUAUUGCAACAUCAGAUUGUUUAGAUGCACAACUUGUGCUCUGGACAAGAGACUACUGUUAGGACAGAAUGUGGAAAACAAAAUGGUUUCCAUUUGGCAAAGGUGUCAGACAAGGAUGUAUUUUAUCUCCCUAUCUCUUCAAUCUGUAUAAAACAUGCUAUAAGGAAAGCUGAAUAAGGUUUUGAUGAAGGUGGAGUGAAAACUGGUAGAAGGAGCACUAACAAUUUCAGAUAUGCAGAUGACACUACAUUACUGGCAGUAAAUAGUGAAGACUUGAAAUGACUACUAAUAAAGGUAAGAAGACAAGAAAAUGGGUUUGUGGAUGGGUGCUGUCUAUUGGGAAGGAAUUUUUUUGCCCAACUGAAAGAAGUGGAAGCAGGGCAGGAACAUGGUAGAGUCAGUAAUAUAGACAGCACUGUUUACUUGCAGAGUUAAUAAAGUGUAUAAUAAAUAAUAUUCACCAGGCCAGCUGUGGCCAAAUUAACAAAGCCCAUGAAAAUGAGAAUUGGGUUCAACAAUAUUUUUGAAAUGCUGACUUUGCACUCUGAUUUAAUUGCCACAACAAUGCCCAUUAACAACUAUUGUCUAAAGCAUGCAUUGCUUGGACCUGUGUUCUGUUGCAGCUAAUGUAUGGGUACGAGGUUAUGAUUUUGCAAAGUGAUCCUUGCUGAGAGUAAUUUUAUGGCAGUGUAUUGUCUUUUUUUAAUCAUCCCAAAUAGCCCCAUUGUACAGCAGGCUGCUAACACUUACUGAUCCGCUUCAUUUGAGCAUGCUGAAGUGUCUGUAGAAUUAUUUUCCGGGGAGGAAAAAGUCACAGGCAAAAAGGGUCCUACUCAAAACAAGACAAAUAAAAACAUUUUCUGCAGGCACAAAUGUUCUGGCUUCUUUUUUUCCACAUUAUGAGUCAUGGUGGGGAAGAUGAAAUACCCUUUUAAAAUUAUUUUCAUUUUGCAUAGCUUGGCAAUCUACUGUGGAUGCCUGGGUAGUCCCACUGAGCCGAAUGGAAAUUGCACAAGAGCUCAGUUUGAAAUUAGGUCCCACAUUUCAGUUUGACCAGCAAACAUCUCUGAGAAUUAUGCCUUUAAACCUUGUGGGACAGAAGGCAAUUGGGAAGCAUUGCUUUAAAUGGAAAAAGUCGCGGAGUCACCAGUGGUUCACCUGUUGUUUUACCGAGACUUUGGGGUGGGGGGGGUGGGAUUCUAUUUACCUUUACAGUGAGUUACUUUUUAAAAGUGCUAUUCUAAUUAGAGUUACAUCCUUUCCAGACUGUUGAAAUUAAUGAACUUAGAGGGGUGUAACUUAGCUUAAGACAGCAUCAGCAAUGUUUAAACAAUAUUAUUUUUCCUCAAUGCUCUCUAUUAAAUAGAAGCAUUGUCUUCGAAUCAAAAACCUUUAUUGGGCAUUUGUUACAGAUUGCAUAAGCACAUAACACAACAUCAACAGAAAUGAACAAAGUUGUCUUAAAGUUCUGGUACUUUUGAUACUUUUUACAAUGUAAAAAAGUAAGGGUGAUACCAUCAGCCAAUAUGGGCAGAAGUAGCCACUGUUACUAAAUAUGAUGCUGCAGCCUGUGGCCAUUGUUGUACAGAUGGUAUUUUAUACCAUCAUGAACACAUCCAGUCUCAGCUGAUCUCAUAGCUAAGCAGGGUCUGGUCUGGUUAGUACUUGGAUGGGAGAACAUGAUGCUGAUGAAGAUGUAGAAUUGUCCUGCCCAGCAGUUUAACUAUCAGAAUAGCAACAUGUAGUCCUUAACAACCCUGCUGGAUCAGUCCAGCCAUCCACGUACUCCAGCACUGUACCAUACAGUGGCUGUCUCAUUGCUCAGAAGCACCAAUAAUCAGGGCUUAAAGACUAACACCUUCCCCUGAUGUGGCCUUCUACUUUUUAUUUAUUUUAUACAGUUUAUAUUCCACCCUUCUGCCCACAUAAGGGCUACUGGGGUUCAGAGAUUUAUGCUUCUGCAUGUGGCGUCCUUUAGGCACCAUCGUUUAGUAGCCAAUGAUGAAUCUCUCUUCCAUCUGUUUCACUGUGUUCUGUGAAGUCAUAACCAACUAAUGGUGAUCCCAGGACUCUGGAAUUUUCAAGGUGAAAGAGGAGCAGAGAGGUUUGCUGUUGCCACCUUCUACAUUGCAGCUCCAGUUUUCCUUGAUGGUCUCCUAUUCAAGUACUAACCGUGGCUGACCCUACUUAGUUUCAAGGCUGUGAUGUGAUUAGGCUAGUCUGGUUUAUCAGGCACUUGAUCCCCCUUUAAAGCCAUCUGUGCUUUUCGCUGUCAUCUAGGCAGUGAAUUUGACAAUGUAAUUAUGCAUUGAAUAACUAUAACAUCUUUAAUACAGUCCAACACCAGCACAUAUUGAGUAAAGAAGUACUUUUGGUUACCUUGAAUCUCUUGCUCAUCAACUCCAUGGGAUACCCCCAAGUUCUACCAUGGGGUGCCCCCAAGUUCUACAAAAGUAGACAAGUUCUCACUGCCCACUUUAUCCAUCCGCAUUCAUAAUUUUUCACACUCACACACUCCGGCCAAUCUUUUUACUAAACUAAAAAGCUCCAGAUUCUAUACUCUGUCUCAGAAAAAGAUAUCAGCACAGUCAGUUGAGGUACACUGGUUGAGAAAAUUGUAUGUUUCCACACUAGAAUAUAGUCCCAAGCAAAUAUGAGAAUUCACUCUUAAGUGCUGCCUUUGUCAAAACUAUUAUUUUGUGCAUGAUUAAACAUAGUACUUUGAUACAAGAGUAUUUAUACUUCAUUGAAUGAUGAUCACCACCACUUUCAAAUGGAUGGCAGGAGCCAGGCAAGAGAGGCACUAGGACCCAGGUAGAGCAUUCUACCACAAAGAAAGUCCAGCAUGUUGAAUUGUGUGGCGGAGGAAUAUGCAACCCUACGAGCAUCUUUUUCUGAGACAGCCUAUAGCUUUUCCUAGGAUUGUAAAAUGUAGGGGUAGGAAUCACAUAGUGUUUCCCAGGAUGAAAGAUCUGUUAUAUGGAAAGCUAGGAUGGUAGACAGAAAGAUUGGAAGCUACCCUCUCCCCAAAGUUAAGUUUUCCAUGUCCAGAGAGCAGUCUCUACCCCUGUUCUUAGACUUGUGAAUGAAGCAGUUCUUGGAUGAAUGUACAUGCUUUUUCUAAACAUUAGAAUUGGCUUUGAAUGUCCAUAAACUUUCACUGACUGCCACCAAAUCAGUUAUUGCCACAUACUAAAAAUCUGUAUUUCUAUACCUUUGGCUAUGUACAAGAGAAACAUGUUUACCUGUAUAGGAAAAGUGGUGAAAUUUAUUUGUGAUGUUGAUGUUUUUGUACCUGUCCUCUUGUUAAUUGAGAUGUCCAUAUUCUUGAUGGCGAGAGAAAUAUAAAUGCAAAUCAUGAAUUGUCUCGUGUAAUUCUGUGAUGCUAAUGUGUAACCACUUUUACAAAGGGAAUCAUCGCAAAACAGGUUAAAAUAAAUUUUAUGCAACUUCA